ACACUAUAUAUUGAAGUGUAUUAAUAUUGUUGAGGUAAUAAAUAGGCUUUAAGAUUAGUAGUAUCGAAAUACUUAAAACACUAAACAGGUUCUUCCAAAGCAUCAACAAAGAUAGAACAGAAUAUCCAGGAAGUUGAAGUGAGAAUAUAUAGUUGCAAAAAUGAAAGGAUCAAACAUGAUGGUGAAGAUUGUUGUGGCAACAUGGAUAUGUUGUUGGAGUAUGCUCUGUUUAACAGCUAAAUCUUACAGCACAAUAAAUUUCAACACUAAUUUCAAAGGUAUGAGCGUCGGAUCAUAUCAAAUUUUCAUGCAAUCUCUUCGAAGAGAAUUGUCUAGUAACAUCGAGAGCCAUGGCAUACCAUUGUUGCGCACAAAAUCUGCGGCGGUCAAAGACAAACAAUUUGUAUAUGUGAGACUUAACAAUCCAAGUGUUGCCAUAACAUUUGCAAUAUCCGCUCUUAACUCGUAUGUUGUUGCCUAUCAAGUAGACGCAGAAAGGCGUUGCUACUUCUUUAAAGAAGCUCCGCCGAAUUCAAAAACUCUACUUUUCAAACAAUGUACUAAAAAAGUUGAAGUUAAUCUCAAAACAAAUUAUGAUAUCUUAGGAAAUAGAGAAAAAACCAAUUUGGGAUUCAAGUCAUUAGACAACUCGCUCCAAGCAUUUAAGAGGUUUGAUAGCGCGAAUCCUACAGACGAGCUUCGCCAAAACCUUCUAGUUGUUAUCCAAAUGAUUGCAGAAGCUGCAAGAUCGAAAUAUAUUCAACAAAAAUUGGAAUGGAAAGGAUUUGAAACUGGAUUUUUUCCAAGAGCUGAUAUUAUCAGCUAUGAGAAUAAAUGGGAAGAUCUUUCGAAAGCAAUCCAAAAAUCUAAAGAUGGAAAAAUAAUUCCUCCAAUUCAAUUGCAGAAUGAAGAUUAUAAAUUUCGCUAUGUGUCAACAGUUGCUGAAGUGAAAAAGGACCUGGCAUUCUUGUUGAAUUCUGCCACAAAAAUGAGUGAAGAAAGAUUUGGACAAGGAGAAACUACUACUACUAAUGAAGAACUUAUCCAAGAGUACUAGCUAGAUUAUUAGUUGUAGCUGAAAAUUGUAUGCAAUUUGAAGUAAUAUUUUCGUAUAUCCUCCUACCUAGUAUACUAUAUUUAUAAUAAUGUUUUAAUGUGAUUAUGAGACACUUCUAUUUGAGUGAUAUAAUUAUAACGGUAUUAUUGAAAACACUAUGUGUUUACAGUG